UCGUUCAUUUCAUUCCUCGUAAAAUGAUGGGAGAUGACGGGUGUCUGUCGUAAUUUCACAAAAAUACCCAUUUUUUUUCAACUAUUUUAGUUACGAUAACAUUUUGUGACAAGACUGUGAGUUCGCGUGUGUGUCUGUGUUCGACUUGUGUGUUUUUAUUCAUUUAGAACUACGUUUUUUCGUCGUAUUCGCUGCUCAACGUUAUUUGAUCAAAGCCAGCCAAUAAAUAAGACUGAUAAACUACAUAGAAUUAUGUAGACACGUAUACAAAAGAAAAAUAUAGUUUUAACAUUCCAGUGUACGAGUUGGUACACUUUAUAGUAUGACAACUGGCAGCCAUAUUGCGUAGCGAGAAAACCCAAGAUGGCGACUCCUGUCAAAAGUGUUAAGGAGGAGAAUGAGGGAGAUGAAGCGAAUGAAAAGCUUCUAGAAGAGAAUCAGGUGUUGAUUGUACCGGCUCAGCAGAAUCAAGAUGGCGGACUUGUGGCUGUCAAAUCUUCGAAGAAAGUUAAGUUACCGGAAGACUCCAAUGCGGUGGGCGGAGGCCGGUUCACUAUCGGUCCUGCGCCGGAACGCGACUGGGAGAUGGUACCACCUGAUGGCAAAUGGGGAUGGUGUGUACUCGUAGGUGCAACACUAGUGAACAUCCUAAUACCUGGCACUAUCAAGUCUUUCGGCGUCUUAUUGGUGGAGUUCAACGAUGUGUUCCAGUCUAGUGCAUCUGCGUCGUCAGGAAUUGUCGCUCUGUGCUACUUCUUGUACAGUAGUUUGGGACCUCUAUCAUCGAUCCUAUCGGUGAAGUGGUCGUAUAGAACAGUGACGCUGAUCGGCGGCAGUUUCGCGGCGUUCGGCAUGAUAUUCAGUAGUUGCGCCUUUUCUAUCACCUAUUUGUAUUUUAGUUUCGGCGCGAUGGUAGGCACAGGCGCUGGUCUAGCCUUCCCUCCUACAGUCUACAUAGUGACGUCAUACUUCGUUCGUCUGAGAGGGCUUGCUAACGGCAUCUGUAUGUCUGGGAGCGCCUUUGGAAGUAUUAUACUGCCGCCCGUGUUGAGGUACCUGCUUGAAGAGUAUGGUUAUAAGGGUGCAGUCCUAAUUCUGGGUGGUAUUAUGCUCAACGUCUGGGCAGCAGCAUUGCUCUUCCAGCCAGUGGAAGAACACAUGGUGAGGAAGUACAAGGAGCCGGAAGAAGACGAGGACGGUCCACAGCUGGAACCGUUCAUAGAAGAAGAUGGCGAGCUAGAAGAUUCUGAGAACCCCAAACUAACAUUCACCCCCGAAGACCCCUCACCGACACCCACAGCCGAAAAGCACCCCAACGGAUCACCCCCAAUCUUCAAAAACGACUCCAACGUGAACCUGGACGACCCCAAAGAUUUUGCAAGAUCCGCUAGCGCUGUUCAGGUAGCUUUAAGUCGAAAAACUGGUUCCUCAAGACAUGGGUUACAAAAUAUCUCUAGUAAGAAUCACUUACCUUCUAAUCCAUCGUUAUUAGAAUCAGUCCCAGAAGGAAAGGGGAGUCGUGUUAACUCUCAAGAAGCGUUUGGCAAGAAAUUAGGAGUCCCUAAGACUCCUAAAAGAAGUCCUUCUACUUCCAGUUUUCAGUACAUGUCGACUCCUUUUCAUGGGUCCACUUUAUCAGCUUUUGAGAAACCCAGUGAAUUUGCGUCUCAAUUUAGCUUAAAAUCUGUCACGGAUAGCUUAGCACCUAUAAGUUACUGCUGCGGUUGCAAAAAGCGAUCGAAAGAAGACGAUUCUAAGAAAGAACCAAGCAAAUACUUUGAUAUAAACUUACUAAAAGACCCUAUUUAUUUGGUAAUAUUAAUAUCGAACUGUACUUCAGCGAUUUCGUACACGAAUUUCAUCAUUUUAGUUCCGUCGUACGCUAAAGAAUGUGGUUUCGAUAAAUCACUAGGCGCGUAUCUUCUAUCAAUCAUUUCUGCGCUAGACUUAGUUGGAAGAAUCGGUGGUUCAGCACUAUCAGACGUAGUUUUAACACCGAAACGAUACUUCUUCAUAUUCGGUCUUUUACUAUCUGGCAUUAGUCUUUCCAUGAUUCCUUUAGUCAGAAGUUAUUCCGCAAUUUCGGUCUUUUGCUCGAUUUUUGGUCUUGCUUCGGGUAUUAACGUGGGUGUCACAGCUCUUGUAAUGACAGAAAUGCUUGGUACGGAAAGACUAAUGUCUUCUUACGGAAUUAGUCUUUUUGUCAACGGUAUUUUGCAGUUGAUCGGACCGCCAAUUUGCGGGUUCUGGUUUGAGUAUACGCAGUCUUAUAAAUCCUUGUUUGUUACGCUAGGAUUCGUGCUAGUAUUUGGGGCUGCUCUGUGGGGUUUUGUGCCGUUUAUUCAUAGAAGAAGGAGGUUGGCAGCGAAUAAAAAUAAGCAAGGGGUAGGUAAAGCGUAAUUUUAAGUUUUUUGUGUCGCUUACUCUUUGAUGAAGCUCGAUUUUUUUUUGGAAAAAUAUUUAUGUAACAAUUUUCUUUACAUUAUUCUUUAAAGAAUAAUUAUUAUCAAUCACAAUUUUCUACAGUUACGUAGUUAAAUAAAUAACCAAAUAGAAUAACAACUUCUCUAUUUAUAAUGUAUUAUUUACAAAAUAACUAUUUUAAACCAACCUUUUAUUUUGUAAAGCAAUUUGGUUGAUUAUUUUGUAUAAUUCUCGUUUAAAGUAUUGAAAUAACGAAUAUGGUUCAUAAAAAGAGUUUGUGACACAAAAAAACAAAAUGGCGGAUAUGUCAAAGGAUAAAAUUGCCCAAUGCAUCUUAGUUUUCUUAUAGUGUAUUCCUGCAAGUAUUAUUCCUUGUAAUAUAAUAACGCUCCUUGUAAAGCACUGGUACUCUGCUACAUCCGGUUAGACUGGAAGCCGACCCCAACAUGGUUGGGAAAAAGGCUCGGAGGAUGAUAGUUGCUAAAAACGAGAAACCAUUUUAGUGUUAGAGAAAAAAUGAUAAUCCCACGACGGAUCACAUGACCUACAGAAAUACACAAAAAUCAUCAAUUUUACCUCUUAACCAUCAAUCGAUAUAUUAAAAUAUUUUUUGAAUUGUUUUUUUUGCUAUAGUUAAGAUGUAUUGGGCAGCAAGACAAAAAUACCGCUGUAAAAUUAAAAAAGGGUAUAUUUUUUAUAAUUAAGAUAAUAUUAAAUAGUGGCUGGUUACUUCCAAAUAGUAUUUAGUCUUUAUAUAAAAACUAUAUUAAGUAAAUCGUUCCUCAAUCUUCAUUUAACCGACUUCAUAAAAUGACAGGUUGUAAUUUCAACGAAAAAUUCAGCUUCAUACAUUAACACCAAUAAUUAAAAAAAACAAUUUAGUUAAGGCUUUCACAGUAAAACUGGUGUACCAAUUUCGAAGAAUUUAGAUUUGAAAAUAGUAUGCCAGUCGUUACGGGUAGUCAGAAGCCAGUAAGUUUGACAACCAGUCUUACCAAGGGGUAUUGGGUUGCCCGGGUAACUGGGUUGCGGAGAUCAGAUAGGCAGUCGCUCCUUGUAAAACACUGGUACUUUUUCGUAAUCAAUACAUAUAAAGAACUUGUUAUAUACGAAUAGAACGUUGAACCAAUUGAAAAUCAGUUGUUUUUCAGUCACAAAAUAAUUUAUUCAAUAGCAAAUUUUACAUUUUUAAUACAUUUAAUUUUAUUUCCGUACCAUAUUCUUAAACAUCAAUGAUUACUUAAUUAUUAUUUUUUAUUUUAAUACUUAUUCGUAGAAUAAUCUAUUUUUCAUAUUUUCAUGUCUUCAUCACAAUUUUAUACGAACCAUAAGAAACAGUUAUGUGUCAAAAAUUUAUAUAAUAGUUAUUCUUAUGUCAUUUUUACUACUAAUAUAAACUUGCAAGAGUUUUUUAGCGAUUAUUUCAGGAACCACUAGGCCGAUUUAGAACUCAAAUGUCGAAUUAUCGAGGAAGGUUAUUUUUUAUCCGGGUGCGCGAAGUAGUUCUCACGGGACACGGAGGCAACCACUAGCGGUAGUUAAAGUACGAAUAUUAAAAACAUACUAGAAUCCUUCUAAAUCACAAUAAAAUCA